UAUUCAAAAAACAUCCGAGUGCACUGACUUCUGGCGCCGAUAAUAGUAAGAUAUUUUAUUUUAAUCGCCAUCAAUUACUAAACAAAUGAGAAGUAUAGAAAAAAUUCGUACUAUUCAUAUCAAUAUACGUUUAAUAGAAUUGAGUAGAUCAUUUAAUAUUCUAUUGUUAAUAAACUCGUUUUAUCUCAUAAUUUAUCUUCGAAUAUAAAUUAUGAAUAAGAAUAAAAUCUUUGGCAAAAAAAGGUUACUUUACAAUGAAUAGAAAUAUUUAUAUCGGAAAUAAGAUUUUUUGAACUUAUGUAUACAGAUGAUUAACUUGUUUCUAGAGAUUUUCGUAUUUAUGUUUAGAUGGAACUAUUUUAAGUGAUUUAUUUAAAAAUCAAACUUUGUCACUUAUUAUCCGUAUUAGUAAAAAAAACAAACAAACUCCAACAAAAGAUGAGAAUACAAUUGUAUUUACAGAUAUCUAUACUAUGUUCGCGAAUCUACAGUAUCUAGACUUCGAUUCAUCUUCAAUUUAUUCUCAACACUUAUCAUUUGAUAUUCCACCUCCAAUUUUUAUUUCUUGAACUCUCUUAGAACUACAUGUCAAUGUAACAUUUUUCGACGAUUGUCUUUAUUUACUUGAUAGACGCUUCAAUCAACUUCGUGUACUUCAUGUUAAAAUUACUUGGAUUCGUUCUUCAGGUCUAACAAUCAAUAAUACGACAAAUUUACCUAAUUUAAAAUGCUUCUCGUUAUAUUGUAAUACAGAUACAUUUGUUUAUGAUGAAUUAAUUGUUCCACUUUUACAUCGAAUGUUAAAUUUAGAAAAACUUCAUCUAUAUCUUAUAAUUGGUUGCAAGAACACAUUUAUUGAUAGUAAUAAUUUGAAAAGAAAUAUUAUCAAUCAUAUGCCACAAUUACAUAUAUUAACAUUUAUCAUUCGCUCAACUGUUCGUCUUCAUAAUCAAAUUAAUUUACUAUCGAAUGAAGAUAUUCAAUAUACAUUCAAUGAUUUUCAAAAUAAUCAAAUAAUUACUUGUGUUGAUUAUUUUUCAGAGAUUGAACGAAGUCAAUGUCAUAUUUAUUCAUGUCCAUAUGAAUUGAAAGAAUAUCAUAAAAUAACAAAUAAUUUUCCAGGUGGAAUAUUUAAACAUGUUCGUGAAAUAUCAUUAUGUGAUCAACGACCUUUUGAACAUGAUUUUUUUUUUCAAAUUUCUCAAUCAUUUCUAUUUAUGAAAAAAAAUAACUCUAAUUAA